GGCCGGGCGCUAUGCGUGGGUCUCGUGCGGACAGUUGACGAAUAGCAGUGACGAUGACCGGGAGAUCCAGGAGCCCGACAGGGGCGGUACGCCUCGGGCGGAGUUUGGUGGCCGUCAGUCUUCUGGUUCUCAUCUCCGGUACUGUGGGCGACAACCGAUGGCGGACUGUGGGCUCCGUCACAGCACUAGAACAGCGGGCUCUAGCAAUCACCGACCGGCCAUCGGGCCAGGAAGGGCUCAGUUUGGGCUCCAGGCAAUCAGAGGCCAUUGGCUCAGCUGCGCAGCAAGAAUCCUCCGAGGCGUUCGAACCGAACGAAGGCAGCGGCGCCGCAAUACUCGGUGCAGAUGCUCAAGACCUUUCCACCUCUCCUGGGGGGAACGAUGCAGUGCUGAGUGAGGUGGGAGGGAUUUUAGGGGGUACAGGGGACAUAGAGAGUGGUGCUGCGUGGGAUCUGGUGCUAGAACCCGAUCGGCAAACGAAGGACUCGAGUGGGGACGCACACGAGGCGCAAGACGAAUCAGCCGAUCUGCUUUUUGACGAGACGUUUUCGUCGAGUAGUCAGCUGUCGCCCGCCCGCGGUGAGGAUGGAGCGGCGAAUCACCGGGGCAAGAAGCCAAUGUCUCCUGCAGGCGCGGUGUCCGCCACGGAUCGGACGUCCGUUGUCGGUGCUGACCAGGAUCCGGAGGCUUCAGCGUCAUCAGCGUCAUCAGCGGCUGCCCCGACAGCUGUGCCGGAGGUGUCGUCGCAGGGGUCACCAGACGCGACAGGCAUCCCAGAGGGACUGGCGGUGAUGUCGAGUCAGGCAGAGCCAGUUGCGCCCAAGUCUGCGGCGGUGGCGUCCACUGGGCUCUUCAGCGUCACCGCCCCCGACCUGACCGGAGCAUCGACCUCCCCGCCGGCGAGCGCGUCCACGGAUGCCACGCCCGCCGACGCCGGCGACCCCGAGCCGGCCUCGCCGACCCCGCCCUGGCGGCCCGUCUCCAGCCCGCCGGCCACCACCGGCCGGCCGCUGCGCAAGAGCAACCGUCGCAGCGACCCGGACAUUCACACCGUACUCAACAACAUCCUGAGCAUCAUCGGAGGCGACCACCGGCGCCGAGCCGAUCAGCAGCACGCCUGUCACCUCUAG